GACACCAAGCAAAGAUAAUCAUUGCCAUCACAGCUUUUGGAAUUUUCAGCAUUCUUUUUUGCUGUUUCCUGUUCAUAUCACAUUCGAAUGGAUAUUCAUUCUUUCGGAAAUUCUAUCCUAUCGAUCGCACACGAAUGAUUGUCGUUUCCAAAUAUACGGAAGAUGUUUCAUGGCUCGAUACCUACCUUCCACACAUUCCACAUGCAGUCUACGAUCGAUUAAAUCCACAGGCGCCAUACAUUGUCCAUUCGAAUAGAGGACACGAAGGAUCCACCUAUCUGAAAUACAUCAUUGACCAUUAUGAAACUCUACCUGAAAAUAUUGUCUUUGUCCAUGGCCAUAGGAUUGCAUGGCACUGUCGAGAUAUGGUCACAAUUUUGGAAAAUUUACAUUGGGGAAAGUUUGAUUAUGUUUCGUUGAAUCCAGCUUAUUUUCAGGUUCUCAAUUCGACCAGUAGUGAUUAUUUGGCUGUGUCCAAGUAUUGGCCACGUCUUUUUGAGGACACACUCGGUCAAAUGCCUCCUCUCAUUAAGGAUUGGUGUUGUGCCUCAUUUCAUGUGAAAGGAAAACGAAUUAGGAGACAUCCAAAGAGUUUCUAUCUGAGAUUAUAUGAAUGGUUACAAUCUGGAGAGGAGGAAAAUUAUUGGUCGAGUAGAAUUAUGGAACAUGUUUGGGUUUUGAUGUUUGCCUCGAAAACACCUGAACCUGAUGUGAAUUUGUGUGACAUUGCCAAUUGUAGAAAUAUUGUGGGACAUAGGGCAUUUUCAUUCAAGACAGUGAAUGGUGAAUUGAGGGAAUUAAAUCAAUUGGAACAGAAAUUGUUGUAUUUACAGAGGAAUCCACAUAUUAAAGAUAUUUAGAUC